CUACUAAAACACGGUCGCAUUUGCUCCAGAAUUGUCGAAAAAAGUGUGAACACCAGCCAGCAGUCCUAUACAAACACCCGGUGUCACUCUUCCUUCAGUUUAAACCCAGAAUGUACACACAUAAGGCAUCACGUGACAUACAAUCCUGCACGUGAAAAUUCCAGACUACAUGGUGUACGCCAGCUCUCCUAUACCAGAGGCGCUGACUCGGAUAAAGCCAGAGAGUUUCUGUCACGAUACAACGAGAGGACGAUGAAGAAGUACGGUAUAUCAGAGGAGGAGACAAACAGAGACAAGACGUCCAUGCAGAGUUCCAGUCAGUGUAGGGUUAUCCCUAGGUUCCUCCAAAACGCUCAGUUCUUCAAUGGACGCCACUACUUCUGCAACACGGACUCUAAAACUGGUAAGAAGCAGCUGGUACGAUACCGGAUGUCUCCAAGCGAGGAUGUUACAUUGUGUGAUGAUCUGGAUGGUCUGGCUGAAGUUAGGGAGGUGAUACACUGUGGGGAAUAUUUAGCUGUUCUUGUUAGCUCUGAUAUGGAGAGUCGUAUCUUUCUUAUAAAUGAAGAAACAGGUACUCUAAUAAAAACACUAGACUCUGGUCACCAGCUGCAGUGGACCACAGACUCCAGCAUAAUCUACACCACCAUCAACACCAACAUGAGACCUGACACCGCUAUCUUCCUCAACCUGGAGACUGGAGAACAACACACAGUUCACCAGAGCUGUAGGUCGGAUGAGGUGGUCAGUGUCACGUGCUCUAAAGAUAAGAAGUUAACUGCUGUAAACGUUAACACUAAGUUAACAAGUCACGUGUACCUGUUGGGUAACCUGGGGGAGUGCUGUGGGGAGGAGAACCUGGUUCAUCAUCCUCUACAGGAUAGCAAAUGCUACAUCGAUCAUCACGGAGACCGGUUGAUAGCGAUAAAGUCAUCCACGGAUAACCCUAAUCUACACCUUUACUGGUCUGACCCUAUAAACAAAGCUCCUGAAUCUGUCCCAACUUACCCUAAAACAGAAACUUUCUCAGCCCACCCUAAUGAUUUUGGAGUUAUUCAUGAAUUAGAAACAUUUGACAGGGGAAUUGUGGUUUAUCAUUCAACUCUGGACGAUUCAGGAAACAGAGGUAACUACAAAGUGACCCUGCUGGACCCAGAGGACUACUCUAAUACUAUUGCGGAGAUACCCUUCCCAGCUGAUGUUUCUCUUGUAUCCCCAAACUCUAACUCAUCUCCUCACCAGACCCAUCUGAACAUCAAGGUACACAGUCUGACGAAACCAGUGAAGCAGCUCUCUAUUCCCUUCUCCAAGUUCCAGAUAUCACGUGGCAGGCUCAUAUCACGUGGGAGAUACGAGAUGUUCACUGAUUCAGCUCCCUCUGGGGAUGUUAACGUUCCCAUCACCAUUAUAGCGAAUGAAGACUCUCUCGCUGAGUGCUCACCCUGUCUGUUUAUCACGUACGGUUGCUAUGGUGAGAAUCUGUUUUACUCCUGGGAGACUCUGCCCAGGGAGCUUCUUGAUAAGAACUGGAAAGUUGUGCUGUGUCAUGUGAGGGGUGGAGGAGAACUCGGCCGCAGCUGGUAUCUACAGGGUAUCGGAACUAAGAAAGAAAACAGUGUCCUCGACACACUGAAUUGUAUAAAACACGUACAAUCCCUCAACCUCACAACCCCGUCCUCCUCCACACUCCACGCUUCCUCCAGCGGGGCGCUUAUCGCAGCGCGCGCUGCACACUCUGUUCCUGGAAUUGUCAGCAAGCUGGUCCUCCGGUUUCCAUUCCUGGAUCUUCACACUGCUAUGUUGAAUCCCUCUUUACCUCUGUCUUCGGAGGAGAAAGAAGAAUGGGGUUAUGAAUCCCCGGAUGACAGCAAUGGGUUCAGACCUCUAGACUUAGGCACCGUUAAUUCAGGUUGUGAUGUUUUUAUAACUACCGCUGCUAAAGACAGACGGGCACCUCCUUGGCAUACCGCCAAUUAUGUGGCAUCCAUUGUGAACGAAGACAGGGUGUUUGUAAACUUGUUGGGAGACGCGGAUCACACGGGUUACGAGCAGAAUGCUGAUGCUGUUGAAACAAACUUUAUAUUAUCAGAUGAUAAGUCUAACUCUAGGAGUUCUAGUCUGUGGGUGAGGUUAAAGGAAAGAGUUUUUUCCAAGUGACAUUUUCGUAAUUUGUGAGUUUUGUAUUGUUGUUUGUAAAUGAUUGUGAUGUUAAAUUCUUUGCUUGGGAUUUGUAUUAACAUAAAUUGCCGAAUUUUUAGUGACCCUUUUUAUGUGAUCCUCGGCCCGGCAAGUGUUUUACGACAACUAAAAUUUGCCACAAUUUUAAAUCUGGGGAUUUUUAUCUUGCAAAUCACUUCGUAAGCUUAUUAUUAAAUUCAGAUGCUGAUCACGAUUUUCAUUGGGUGAUUGAUAUUUCAUAAUUGUUUGUCUAA